AUGAAGGUGAUUUGUGACCACUUGGGAUUGGGAGUGAAGACGGGCCUGCCCUACAUCUGGCACAGCAAAGCAAGCAAUCCGUUCGUGAACCUCAAGAAGGAAUACAAGGGCAUUUACUGGCAAGAGGAACUGAUCUCGUUCUUCCAGUCUGUCGCUCUCCCAAAGGACUGCACCACUGUCCAGAAAUGCUACCUUGAACUCGCCAAACAAGUGAAGGCCAAGCUCGCGAAGGUGGACGACUACUUCAACAAGCUGGCCGAUGCCAUGGUGACCUGGAUCGAAGCUUGGGAUGAACUGAACCAAAGUGGUGCCCCCGCAGCAGCAAAAGUAGCCAAUGGCAGCUCUAAGUAA